AUGAUCACCAUUCUUUCUCUGGCAUUGAUUUCUCUGAACCUCGUUAAUCAUGUAUACAGUAAGAAAAAAAGACUGAUAGUCUUUGCCAACAGAGGUGAUAAUGUCACCCUGCCCUGCCGCCUAUACCGUACAUCAAGCCCUUCUUUCGGAGGAACUGGAAGAAGAGUCAAGUGGACAAAACUGUCUGACGAUGACACUGAAACUGAUGUCCUGGUGUCCAUGGGUUUCUAUAAGAAGUCUUACGGAAACUACCAGAAUCGCGUUUACCUUCAGGAGGCUGAUGACAACGAUGCCUCACUAGUUAUCACCAACGUCAACAUUGAUGAUUAUGGCAGGUACAGGUGUGUGGUCAUUCAUGGCAUGGAUGACAACACAGUUGAUGUGGAGCUACAACUGCAAGGGGUCGUUUUCCCGUACUUUCCACGCCUGGGUCGUUACAACUUCAAUUUCCAUGAUGGGGAGAGGGCUUGCCUGGAGCAGGAUGCUGAAAUAGCCUCUUUUGAGCAGCUGUACGAGGCCUGGAGAGAUGGCUUGGAUUGGUGCAAUGCUGGCUGGCUGAGUGAUGGCACUGUGCAGUAUCCCAUCAACACCCCCAGGGAACCAUGCGGUGGUAAAACUGGUGCUGGAGUGAGGAACUAUGGUCCCCGUGACAAAACCACCAGCCUCUAUGAUGUCUUCUGCUUCACUCCUGGAUUUAGAGGUCGCUUCUACUACCUGAUUCAGCCCGAGAGGCUGAACUUUGAUGAGGCUGUUCAGGCUUGUGAAGAUGAUGGUGCUGAGAUUGCUAAAGUGGCUCACAUGUACGCCGCCUGGAAGCUUCAGGGGUACGAUCGCUGCGACGCUGGCUGGCUGGCUGACGGCAGUGUCCGCUACCCCAUCUCUCAACCAAGGCGUAACUGCAGUCCAACAGAGAAGGCUGUGCGCUUCGUCGGAUUCCCUAACAAGAAGCAAAAGCUGUAUGGUGUGUACUGCUACAAAGAACAGCAGUGA